AGACGUGAGGGCAAUCCAACAUCCCCAGUCCUCCAGUCCAGCGAGCGAGUUCCCUGUGCCACAAACCCAACAAUGUCCAACUCCACCGUCUACCUCGUCUCUGGCGCCAACCGUGGCCUCGGCCUUGGACUCGUCAAGGUCCUUCUUGAGCGGCCGGACGCCAUCGUCUUCGCAGGCGCUCGCGACCCUGACAGCGCGAAGGACCUCAAAGCUCUUGCGGCCGCCAACCCGGGCAAGCUCCACAUCGUCAAGCUCGUCUCGAGCAACAAGGCGAACAACGUCGCCGCCGCGGAGGAAAUUCGCAAGGUCGCCGACCACAUCGACGUCGUCAUCGCAAACGCUGGGGUCGCGGACUGCUAUGAGGGCGGGCUAACAGUCCCCGCCGCGGAGAUGACUCGGCACUUCGACAUCAACGUGAACGGUCCCCUCGUUCUCUUCCAGGCAACGUACGAGCUGCUGAAGGCGAGCAAGAAUCCCAAGUUCGUUGGCAUCUCCACCCCGGCGGGCAGCAUCACCGCGGGUUCACAGUUCCCGGGCGGUCUCUACACGUACGGCUCCUCCAAGGCCGCCCUUAGCUGGGUCCUGCGCAAGCUGCACCAUGACUUCGAAAACAUCGUCACCUUCCCUAUCAGCCCCGGUGCCGUCGACACGGCCAUGGGUGCACUGGCCAUCGAGAAGGAGCCGUGGUUGAAGGCGAUCCCGAUGAGCUCAGCCGAGGAGGCCGGCCGUGGCGUGCUGAAGCAGAUCGACGAGGCGACGCGCGAGAAGGGGAGCGGCCAGUUCCUUAACUUCGAUGGCCAGACGGUCUUCCCUUGGUAGAGCAUCACGGAAGCGAAGCGGAUGUCGCCGUGAAUAGUCGAGAACCUUGUGAACGAUUCAAUAAAUCCCAAGUAGCCUUCUAAUCCC